AUGGUCCGUGGGGUUUUUGUCUGUGUUGCCGCGGGGGCUGGCAUUAUUUUUGCAGGGUAUUGUUUUUAUUUUGACAGAAAAAGACGGAGUCACCCUGAUUUUUGGAAAAAUCUCAGAAAAAGUGGGUUAAUUUUAGUGAAUAAUAUUGGAAUAGAGAGGAUGGAACAAAAGGCUCUUGAAGCUCACAAGUCAUCCACUUUCCCAUUGCCACCUAUAAAUGAUCAGACUGGGAUGCAGAGAUUUUUUCUUCAACAAAUACAGCAAGGAGAAACUGCCCUGAGCAUGGGCUCUUUAGAUGAGGGUGUCAACCAUUUUGCUAUUGCCGUUGCUGUUUGUGGUCAACCCAAUCAGUUACUACAGGUGCUCCAACAGUCACUUAGCCCAACUGUGUUUCUAAGGCUUAUUGAGGUCCUUCCUUCGGUGCAAUCUGUGAGUAGCUUGCUGUGUGUUUUUGGCGACGUUUUCCGCCAGUGUCACAAACGUUUUACUGUUGGUUUUACAUGA